CAUCUUUAAGUCCUGCACCUGAACCCGUCUGCCUGUUCACCAGCUCAGGUCCUCUACUUCAACAAACAUGGGGUUGUUUGUUGUAAUCUUUUCAGCUCUUCUGCUGAGUGGAUUUUGCAGAGGAGGACCUGCCACUCUAACACCGAAGUCAGGCAUAUGCUGGGUCAUGGGCAAUCUCCACUACACCUUUGAUAGCCAUUACUACACCUUUAUGGGAAACUGCACCUACACCAUGGCUAAGAACUGUCAUGUUGGUGCAAACCUCCCGGCCUUUGAGGUGGACAUCAAGAACAGGAACAAGGGCAACGUACAGGUCCCGUCUGUGGGGAUGGUCACUGUCAACGUUCACGGGAUCAACAUUGAAAUAGAGCGUGGCGCAUUUGAUAUUGUCCGGGUUAACUAUCAGCAAUGGACCCUCCCAAUGAAUCUGAACAACGGCAAAGUGAAGCUUUUCCAGAGAGGUCUGUUUAUCAUCGUCGAGACAGAUUUCGGCCUGACCGUGCAGUAUGACUGGAACGAGUACCUUGCCAUCACAGUGCCAGCCAGUUUUGCCGGCAGUGUGUGCGGCCUGUGUGGCAACUUCAACGGCAAAAAGGAAGAUGAUGCCACGACUGCCAGCGGGUCAGUGACCAGCGGUGUGGCAGCGCUGGGAGAAAGCUGGAGGGUUCACGGUGCCACAGAUGAUGCCUAUUGCAAAGACGAAUGUGGUGGCCAGUGUAAAAAGUGUCCUCUCAGUCAAGUUGAGAAGUUAGAGAAACAAAUCUUCUGUAGAGCGCUUAUACAAGAUAUUGUUAGACUGGUAGGUUGUAAGCCUGACAUUGACUCCAACAGCUUUCAGAGCAACUGCAUGCUUGACCUCUGUUGGGGUGAAGCUGUGAACACGUAUCUUUGUAACACUCUACAAGGAUAUGCUGAUCUCUGUCGGAGGUCUGGGGUCCAAGUCCCCAACUGGAGGAAGUCUACUCAAUCCUCUGCACCCAAGUGCAGAGAAAACAGCCACUACGAGUUCUGUGGGAGUGGCUGUCCCGCUACAUGUGCAAACCCAAACGCUCCCACAAACUGCACCGCCACCUGUGUGGAGGACUGUGUCUGUGAUGACGGCUUCCUGCUCAGCGGCACCAAGUGCGUCCCCAAGGCCGAGUGUGGCUGCAUGUACCAGGGCCACUAUGUGGAAGCCGGAGAAUCUUUUUGGGCCGAUGAGAGCUGCACCGGACGCUACACAUGCUUCGCUGGUGGACGUUUGUCCCUCAACAUGACUAGCUGUCCUGCUGGGCAGCAGUGCCAGGUGGCGAAGGGGAUCAGAGGUUGCUAUCCUGUCAACUACGCCACAUGCAUGGUAUCUGGAGACCCACACUUUGUGACCUUUGAUGGGGAGCGCUACAACUUCCAGGGCACAUGUGCAUAUGAGAUGGCUGGCGUCUCAUCCAAUAAAACUGGCCUGGAAAGUUUUAGUGUGGUGUUGCAGAUGAAUGGCCAAGAUAAGAAGAUUGGGUCUGCUGUCAAGGUGGUAGAGGUCAAAGUGUAUGGGUACACUUUUGUCAUCAGCAAGGAAUAUGCUGGCACUGUUGUGGUCAAUGGUGAACUCUCCAACCUCCCAAUGUCGCUGGGCAACAAUAAACUGCAUCUUUACACCAAUGGCAGGUUUGCUGUAAUCGAGGCAGACUUUGGAGUGAAGGUGUACUACGACUGGAACAGCGUAGCUUUUGUCACCGUUCCCAGGACUUACAUGGGUGUGAUGCAAGGUCUUUGUGGCAAUUACAACCUGAACCCCAAAGACGACAUGCGGAUGAGCGAUGGGAAGCAAGCCUCCACCUCUGAGGCGCUCGGUCAGAGCUGGAAAGUCGCCACGAUCCCCGGCUGUGUUGAUAGCUGCAGAGGCCCCUGCCCCGGCUGUAACGCCACUCAGAAAGCUCUGUACAACACCAGCAGCUACUGUGGCCUCAUCAUCGACCCUGCAGGCCCGUUCCGUGACUGCCACUCCAAGGUUGACCCCGCAGGCUUCCUUGCCGACUGCCUGUACGAUGUCUGUCUCUACCAGGGCAGCAGGAAUAUGCAGUGCAAGGCUCUGACUGCAUACACAGCUGCCUGCCAGCUGACCGGUGCCAAAGUAUAUUCCUGGAGGUCAGCUCAGUUCUGUGAUGCCCAGUGUCCAUCAAAUAGCCACUAUGAGCUCUGUACCAGCAGCUGUAUGGGAUCAUGUGAGAAAGACUCUACACUAUCAAACUGUGGAGCUCAGUGCAUGGAAGGAUGUGCUUGCAAUGAGGGUUACCUUCUGAGUGGAAAUGAAUGUGUGUCUGCCAACCAAUGUGGCUGCACGUAUGAAGGCAAAUACUACCAGCAAGGACAGGUCUUCUACCCUGAUGCCCUCUGCCAGAAGGAAUGCACCUGCAACAGCACAGUGCAGUGUAAGCAGUCCUCUUGCGGUCUAUAUGAGAAGUGUGAGACAAAGAAUUACGUGCGAUCAUGUCAGCCUUUGGGAAAAGGAGUCUGCUCCAUCUCUGGAGAUCCACAUUAUAACACCUUUGACAACACCACCUAUAACUUCCAAGGCACCUGCACCUACGUCGCUGCUGAAGGUUGCCACCUGAGCGGCACACGUCUCACAGACUUCUCUGUGGCGGUGGAGAAUGAGAAGUGGUAUGUCAUGACGGACAACCCCAAGGUCUCAGUGGCCAAACUUGUGGCAGUAGAAGUUUAUGGAACCAUCUUGAUCCUUCGCAGGAAUGAAGCUAAAAUGGUUUGGAUAAACGGAGUCCUACAUCAUCUUCCACAAAACCUCUUCAAUGGUGCAGUGAGGGUUUAUCAGGAGGGGACAAAUGAUAUCAUUUUGACCGAUUUUGGCCUGAGGGUCACUUAUGAUCUGGUCUACCACAUCACUGUCACUGUCCCUGGAAACUACCGGGGCAGAACCUGUGGUCUGUGUGGCAAUUUUAACAAUGACAAAGCAGAUGAUUUCCAGCUGCCAGAUGGAAACCUGACCAAAGACUUACAGACCUUUGGAGCGGCGUGGAAAGUGCCUGUGCCUGGAGCGGUCUGUGAGGAUGGUUGUAGUGGUGACAUCUGCCCCAAAUGUGACGAGACUAAGAAAGCUGCAUUUGAGGCAAAAUGUGCAAUUAUCACCAAUCCCGAAGGUCCCUUUGCCGUCUGCCAUGAUGUUAUUGAUCCUGCGUCCUACUUCAGAGACUGUGUCUAUGAUGUUUGCAUGGCUAAAAACGUACAAAGUAUGCUGUGUCACAGUAUUGCUGCGUACAUGUUAGACUGCCAAGACUUUGGUGCAAAGAUUCAGAACUGGAGAGGUGCUUCACUCUGUCCAUAUACGUGCCCUGCCAACAGCCAUUAUGAAACCUGUGUCCUGCCCUGUUCCUCUCCAUGUCCCGGUCUCACUGACACCAUCCUAUGUACCACAACUUGUGUUGAGGGCUGUGCCUGUGAUAAGGGCUACCACUACAAUGGAACUGGCUGUGUGAACUUUGAACAGUGCAGCUGUUAUUACAAUGGCCAGACACUCGAGAUUGGAGAGUCCAUUAUAACAGAUGACUGUCACAAAAUGCUCACCUGUGUGAACUCUGGAGUAAUCCUGUCCAACAAAAUGACAUGUGACCCCAAUGAGAGCUGCCAGGUCAAGAACGGCGUGAUGGGCUGCACACGUCAGCAGUGCUCUCUGGAGGCCAAUGGGACCCUCACUGUGUUUAAUGGUGAAGCAGGUAACGUGACAGUGCCAGGAAUCUACGAGAUUAUCCAGAGCUGUGACCAAUCUCAUACAUCAAACUGGUUCAGGGUGGUGGUGAAGUUGGAUACAUGCACUCCUGGAGUCAACUCAAUUUUGGCUCUUUAUGUGUUCUUCAAUGAAGUGUUGUUCACAGUCAACAGCAAACAUGACAUCUGGGUAAACGGAAGGGCUAUUAAUCAAACCACAUUCUCCCAGAACAAUGUAACACUGGUGGUUUCUGACAAUACUCUGAGAAUUAACAACCCUUCCAGCCUUCAGCUGUUCUUCAGUUCAACUAAUAAACUCACCAUGAGUGUCAGUGACAAAGUAGCUGACACAUUAUGUGGGGCAUGUGGGAAGCUCAAGCCUGUUUACACAACACUCGGGCCGAGCAGUGCUUCUGCAUCACUGCACAUUAAGCGAUGGAUGGCUCCUGAUUUCCCCCAGUGCGGUUUGUAACUCCAGGCCUGCCAGCUUUUUAUCAACUGCAUUGAUCACCAUCCUCCAGCACUACCAAACUGACAGCAUCAUUGAUUCAUGAAAUUAUUUUUGUUUAAAUAAAUAUUCCCACAUCUGUUUAAAUACCA